CCCCUGCAGCAGCCUGUAGAGGGGGCUUGUAUACCAUAGAUCUGGGAGCUACAGUAUGUAGACGUUAUACGUUAAUAUACAUGAUAAAUUAAUCUAAAGAAAAUUAAUACCUAUGUACAUGUUAAGACAGCUUUAACAAUAACUGAAAACCAUACUCUAUUCUAUCUUUUGAAAUGUGUUUUCCCUCCUAAAUGGGGGUGUUUACUACACUCAUUGAUGGAAAAUGAAAGUGUUCUCAUAUCUACAACAGACUCUCCGGUAUACUUUCCUGGGGCCAGCAGUCAGAUGCGUAAUGGAACCUUUGAUUCACAAAGUCUGUUUGCUAACUUUUCUCGUCGUCUUCGAUGCCACUUCAUCUGCUGCAGACCUCAGCCUCAUAGUCCCUCCUGACCCUGUAGUUGCCUCUGCUGGGGAUGACAUCAUCCUUCCCUGUCAUCUAUCUCCUCAAAGUAGUGCUGUUGACAUGGAUAUCAGGUGGUUUAAGGAGGGGGACUUCACUAACCCCCUGUAUUUGUAUAAGAGCAGAAUGGGGGAAGAGGGGAAGGGCUAUAAGGGCAGAGUGAGUCUGCUCACCCAGGAGCUAGAGAGAGGCAACAUAUCACUGCUGUUGAAGAAUGUCAAGGUGUCAGAUAGGGGACGCUACAAAUGUCAAGCCAGCCGCUUGGAUUGGAUCCAGGAACCAGCCGUUGUGCUACAAGUUAGAAAGCAGGGCAGUGUCCCCAGGAUCUCCAUGAGGAAGCACCACAGAGUGUUCAUCCAGCUCAGCUGCAGCUCAGAGAACUGGUACCCAGAGCCUCACAUGCUGUGGACGGACCGCAGUGGGAAGGAGAUCACCUCAGCAGAGACAGAGAGACCCAAACAGAAGGACGGGGGUGACCUGUACUCCAUAACCAGUCACAUGAGAAUAAGGAUGGACCAACUGGAGGGGGUCACAUGUGUGGUGAUGUCAAAGGGCAAGGGAACCAUUCUAGAAUCAGCAUUACUGCAGAUGACUGAAGAGUUCUACCUCAGCAGUAUGCCUGACAGGGUCUACAUAUCUGCAUUUAUUAUUCCUGUGUUUUUGGCGUUGGUGUGUAUCACUGCAUCUAUGCUCUAUGUCCUCCACCAGAGAAGAGCUCUUCAGGAAAAGCUGAAGCCGAUGAAUGGCGUGAAGACAAAAUUAAAAGAGACAGAAAACGAGAAAGUCCAAUGUCUUGCAAAACUCAGUGAAAAGGACAAGUUAAUGGAAAUAACUGGAAAGAUUCCGGAUGCAGUUUGGACCUUAAUGUUGCAUCAUCAUGCAGAUGUGACUCUGGACCCUGACACUGCACACCCCAGACUCACAGUAUAUGAAAAAAACAAGUGUGUGAAGUUUGGAGACCUACGGAAAGAAAGCAGAACUGAGACUGGGAAGAGGUUUGAGGAAAAGCGUUGUGUCUUGGGAGUGAAGGGAUAUGAUACAGGUAAACAUUACUGGGAGGUUGACCUGGGGGAGAAGACUCAGUGGAGUGUUGGAGUCGCCCAGGACCCAGAGAACAGAGGUUCAAACAUCCAAAUGAUUCCAGAGAAUGGCUACUGGAGCAUACGUUUGGAUAAUGGAGAAUUGAAAACAGUUGAACAGUCUUCGAAAGUCCUUCCCAUUGAACUGAAACCUUUUAAGCUGGGGGUGUUAGUGGACUAUGAGGGGGGAAAUAUUGUAUUUUUCAACGUUGAGAAGAAAUGCCACAUCCAAUCCUUCACUGGAACAUUUACCAAGAAACUCUAUCCAUUCUUUGGUCCUUUGUUGGAUUGUAAAGAGGAACUUAAAAUCUCACAAGACAUAACCCUUUCAAGCUGAGAAGUGAUCCUGUAAAAGAUUGCAGUUGUCAGGCCAUAGCAUUGUUUGUUCAAUAUUUGGUUACUACUGCCUGUGGUUUUAUUAGUAAUCUAAUACCCCACAACUCUCUGUGGUUUUAUUAGUACUCUAAUACUCCACAACUCUCUUUCAUUAGUACUCUAAUACCCCACAACGCUCUGUGUUUUUUUUUGUAUCCUAAUACCCCACAACUCUCUGUUUUUAUUAGUACUAUAAUAACCCACAACUCUCUCUGUUUUUAUUAGUACUCUAAUACCUCACAACUCUCUGUGUUUUUAUUAGUACUCUAAUACCCAACAACUCUCUGUGGUUUUAUUAGUACUCUAAUACCCCACAACUCUCUCUGUUUUUAUUAGUACUCUAAUACCACACAACUCUCUGUGUUCUUAUUAGUACUCUAAAACCCCACAACUCUCUCUGUUUUUAUUAGUACUCUAAUACCUCACAACUCUCUGUGGUUUUAUUAGUACUCUAAAACCCCAAAGCUCUCUGUGGUUUUAUUAGUACACUAAUACCACACAACUCUCUGUGGUUUUAUUAGUAGUCUAAUAACCAACAACUCUCUGUGUUUUUAUUAGUACUCUAAUACUACACAACUCUCUGUGUUUUUAUUAGUAGUCUAAUACUCCACAACUCUCUGUGUUUUUAUUAGUAGUCUAAUACCCCACAACUCUCUGUGUUUUUAUUAGUAGUCUAAUACCCCACAACUCUCUGAUUUUAUUAGUACUCUAAAACCCCACAAUUCUCUGGUUUUAUUAGUACACUAAUACCUCAAACUAUCUGAUUUUAUUUGACCAUGGGGAAAACAGCUGAUGCACAGAAUGCAAUGCAGAUUAUCUUCCAUUGUUUGAGCAAUUAUUUAGCUUUAGCAAUUAUCAACUUAGUGAAGAUUGAGUUACUUUAAUCUUUUUCUUCUUCUAUCCCACACAAAUAUAUCUGAGCGAUGAGAGAUGUAAUGUUUUCCCCUUUUUGAUAGCUGUACUGUUUUAUAAUGCUUUAGAUGUAACUGUAAAAAUCUACUAAAAUCUCUGUUUUGAUUCUGUAUAUACUCAUUAUUGUAAAGUGAGACAAUAUAAUUUGCUAUAAUGAUGUAUCAACUAAUGUAUUCCGUUUUGUCAAAUUCAUUUGUCAUAUUAAUGUUUUGGUAUGUUCAAAUCAUAGAAUGACUUUAUGCCCCAGACUGAUUGAACUAGCAUGUUAUUAGAAAUAGUCAAACUAGAUCUUACACUGGACAGGCUUCACGGGGUGAAUAUAUUGUGUCCAGUCUCUGGCUAACUGGCUUGCAUUGUUGGUCAUUGUAAAGAUAAUAAAAAAUUUUGUGAUGGGUGAUUAUUAAACUUGUCAAAACAGCUACAUAAAAGCCAGUAGAAUGUAGUUGUUUCUCUCAACCCUAGUCGUUAAUAGAUCUAAAGAUCUACAUCCACAUACCAAAUAAGAUAUUGUAUUUUUCACAAAUCAACAUUUUCACAAAUCAAAUGCUUGUUCAAUGUCACAAAAAAUAAACUACUGAAGUAAAAAUGUAUAAUACAUUAAUAAAGAAUAUGCAACACAA